UUUCAAAGAAAAACAAAGUCUAAAGCCAAAACAAAUAUCUCAAGUUGAUCCUAAUGCUGAAGCAGUUAGACAAUUUAUAGAGAUUAUGAAGCAAGCUAAAAAAACUUUAGCUAAGAAGCCCAGUCCUG